UUGAAGAGCCAAGAAAAGCAGUAGCAGAUUGAGCAAUGGCCAUUAGACGUUCUGUCUUCCCCGGAUAUCUUUCCUCUCUUUUCCAUUCAUCAAAAGUGAUUUCAUGCGGGACCCUUUUGCCUCUCCAGUCUUCUGCUUCAUUCUCCACUCAUCAUUUUGUUGGUGAUACCCCAAUGCUAGUUAGAGAUUUUAUUCAUGCUGCAUUGUAUGAUCCAAAGCACGGCUAUUUUUCGCAAAGAUCGAGGUCUGUUGGGGUGCUUGAGAGCAGCAUUAAUUUCAAUAAACUGGGAGGACAAAAAGCUUAUAUGCAGCUUUUGGAUAAAGUUUACAAGCAGAAUGAGGUAUCAUGGUUCACACCAGUGGAGCUUUUUAAGCCUUGGUAUGCUCAUGGAAUUGCUGAAUCUAUUCUUCGUACUGCUAAUCUUUCAGUUCCUCUGAAAAUAUAUGAAAUUGGAGGGGGAUCAGGGACCUGUGCCAAAGGCAUUAUGGAUUAUCUCAAGUUGAAUGCACCUACAAGAGUCUACAAUAGUUUGACAUAUAUCUCUAUAGAAAUUAGUUCUUCACUGGCUAAGAAGCAGAUGGAAACUGUUGGAGCAGUUCAAAGUCAUUUGUCAAGGUUUAGAGUAGAGUGUCGCGAUGCUGCUAACCGUAGUGGAUGGGGGGAAGCAGAUCAACAACCUUGUUGGGUUAUUAUGUUAGAGGUUCUUGAUAAUCUACCACAUGAUAUUAUCUAUUCUAGAGAUCAGUUUUCGCCAUGGAUGGAAGUGUGGGUUGAAAAGCAGGCAGAAAGGUCAGAACUCUGUGAGUUAUAUAAGCCUGUAGAAGAUCGACUAAUAUCUAGCUGCAUGGAGAUCUUGGAUUUAGAGAAAGAAUCUGAUGGAAGAACGUCAGCUUCAUUGGUUAGAAAUGUCUGGGCUAAAGUUUUCCCCAAGCCUCGGCGAUGUUGGCUACCUACUGGUUGCUUGAAACUUUUGGAGGUUUUACAUGGAGCUCUGCCGAAGAUGUCUUUAAUUGCUUCAGAUUUCAGUUACCUACCCGAUGUUACAGUUCCUGGUGAGAGAGCUCCAUUGGUUUCCAGUAAGAGAGACGGUAAGAGUUUCGAUCAUAAAAGCUAUAUGGAUGCAAAGGGUGAUGCGGAUAUAUUUUUCCCGACAGACUUUUGGCUUUUGGAACGGAUGGACCAUCAUUGCUCUGGAUGGCUUAAGCCAGACCAAGAUAAAUCAUCGAAGAAAGGAAAGAAAAGACGGACGCUUACGCUUGAUACUUCAUCUUUCAUGGAAGAAUUCGGUCUUCCCUCAAAGACGAGAACAAAAGAUGGAUACAAUCCUCUGUUGGAUGACUUCAAGAAUACCAAAAUAUAUCUGAGUGUUCCAACUCAUAAUACAAAGUAGACAUCUGACAUUGGAUAAAAGUCAAAUCUUUUGAGGAGGCAUUCUUUCGUGGGUUCAAGGAGGAAGUAUACUGAUUAUGCAGCCUCCAAUCCUUGCGUCCAAUCAGCUUCUGAGUCAAAUUGUUACAUUGUGAAUCAUGUUUCAUAUUUGCUAAUCCAGUUGAUAAGUCACUGGCCAUAAUGUAAUUGCCACAUUAAAUGCUUCUUGUUAGGGAAAUGAUGGAGGAGGUUUUGUACAGUUAGGUGGAACUUCAAAAUUUUGAUUAUGCAUUGAUUUAGUAAUGUGAACUUUAACUCUACAACAUAACUUCA